AUGUUUCGCGUCGAACUGCUUGCAAAUACAACAACCCACGCAACCCCCGGCUACACAUACGUUGCAGACAGAGGACAAGCCCCCGCCAAAGCCAACAUCACACCCGCGCUCAGCCGCAAACGCGGUAUUAACAAUGCAGGCAAAGGCGGCGAUAUCUCUUCGCGGCGUGCCAACGCUAUCCUCCGCCAUCUGGCCGAGCUAGACCGUGAAAAUCAACGGGAUGUGGCGGUCCCAGUUCCGGCCCGGCCAGCCAGAGAAGCGGGCGCGCGAGUCUCGCGAACUAAAACCAGCUCGAAUGUGCGCCGCAUUCUCGCCUCCCAGAAGACAUUUCGGAAUCAUCUGGACGAUGAAGACGCUGCCAUUGCUGCGGGAGGGGGAGGGUUGAGCGUACCCGUGGGCGCGGCGGCCGUGGGACCCGCGGUGCCUUCACGAGUCAAAUCGGCCGGGGGUAUCAUGGGUAAUCCUGCGUCUCUGGGGACGCCGAGGCGAAGCUCGACGCCAGCCGCGGCUACCACCAGCGCUGCUGCUGGAAAAAAGAAGCGUGGUUCGACACUGACGACCGUGACGACUCCCUCGACUCCGGCACCGGCACCGUCACCAGCACCAGGAGCAGCGCCAGCAACGACAGACGCCAACAAUCCCGAGACAGCGAACAACGAAGCGGAGAGGGAGGAAGAAGAUAUCGAGGAGCGAAAACACAAGAUCUUGAAAACCGAAUACGACAAUGACCCUCUUCUGCGCUCUUAUGGACCGAGUAUACCGUCCGAAAGAAUCAUGGAUCGCCUGCUCGCAGAACCACCGUUGGCUUAUCAUUCCUCCCGUGUGGCAUCGCCCCUUUCAACGCAACUGCCCCGAUCUUUUUGCUGUAUGUGUGGAUACUGGGGCAAAAUCCGGUGCAAGAGCUGCCAUUUGCGAACAUGUGGAUUGGAGUGUUACAAGGUGCACGAGGAUUCGAGGUGCGGAGCUUUCUUUUAA